UUUGGGCAGAAAAUAAAGAACUUCAUCUAAAAAUUCUCCAAGUGAAUAAUCAAGACUGGAAUGAAUUGAUCAAACAAUGUGAAUAUGGAUUUACUUUUGCAGAUAGUCGAAUUCAGUUAGCAAGAUCAAAAGCAUUUUCAAUUGACAUAACUAAGAUUGAUCCCAGACCUUAUGAUCGUUCAGAACAAACUGAAUAUAAAAAUGAGAAAACUGAGGGAAACUCAUCUGAAAAAAAUUCCACAGACACUAACUUUAAGGUGACUGGUGAUGCUGGUGUUGAUAAAUUUGUAAAAAUUCAGACCGAAGUAGAUCAUAAAUCUGAAUACUCCACAUCAAAAGCGUCUAAUAUAUCAAAAAUGAAGCCAACUAUAGUUGGUGGAGAGGAUGCCGAACACUGGCAAAUAAUUUAUUAUGACAUAAGGCCAAUAUUUGAAUUGCUCAGUGAUGAUUUAAAAAAUAAAGUGUUGAAAGCUUUUGGUAAACGAAUUCUCAAAAGUGGAAUUACAACUCACGGAAUAAAUUCACAAGGUCCGACUAUAAUCAUUGAGCGGGACAGUGAAUUUGAAGAUCUUACCUCGAAUCCAGUUCAUGAGUGCCAGAUCUUUGCAUUAAUAAUGCAGCAAGAUGAUAAUCAUAGAUAUUAUUUGCGAGUUCAUUAUAUAGAUGAACACACACCAGCAUUUGUUGUUCAUUGUGAUACUGGUAAGAAGAAUAAGAAUAAGUCAGAACAUGAGAUACAGAUUGGUUGGAUCAUUGUUGGUUACUCCAAAACAUUUGAAGAUUGCAUGAUAGAAUGUGAAGCAUUAGAAAAUGAUUUGAGUUUUACGAAAAAGUUGAUGUGCAUUACUGAAUGUCCCGACGACGGUCCUAGUAAACAUAAUUUAUAUAAGUCAAAAGUCGUGACCAGUAUUCAUUUCUCUUCAGAGAGUUCUGCAUGCUUGCUUGUUCACAAUCUUGAUAAAGAAAAUAAUGUUAAUGACGAUAAUUAUAUUAAAACGAAAAUAUUAUUUGGAUAUAUUAAUAAAGAUUCCUUAGAAAGAUUAAAUAAAAAAAUUAUUGCCGUUAAUAUUAAACCUAAUAAACCUCAAACAUGGGAGAGCUUACUCGGUGGGGACGAAAAUUUUAUCUCUUCUGACGGGAAAAGAAAAAAUUUUAUUUACCCAUUAUUUAUGAAUGUCACCAAUGAUUGUAGAUUGACUAAUACUACUACUCCAAACAAUAAUUGCAGCCAACAUGGAUUGGCGUUAUUACAAUUUCCUAACAUGCGUUUCACUUUGAACUGGACAAUUUGGACAGCAACAUUACCUAUUCAUGG